CCGCAGCGGCCGCCGUAGCGGCUUGCUCUCGGUGCGGGCGCGAGCGUGCGUCGGCUGCGGCGGAGAUCUAGACGGAUGGUAGCUAUGACUCCGAGGCGAGCGCGGUCCGGAGGGGCCGCUCGGCGCUCCGGGUCUAAGACCGCUUCCCCUACGAAGACCCCGCGCAGGUCCCAGCGGAAAUCAGGUUCCGAUCUCCCGAACGUCCUUCCUGAAAUCUGGCCGAAGGCACCCCAAGCAGCUCCGGUCAGAAAGCCCAUUGUCCUGAGGAAGAUCGUGGCUCAUGCUGUAGAGGUCCCACGGACCCCCUCGACUCGCAGGAGCCCUAGGAUUGCCUUUUUCCUGGAGAAAGAGAAUAACCCUCCUAACCAAAAGACCACUGAGGAGGACCUCUCCAAGAUCAGUAGUGUCCCCGUGACCCCGAACUCCACACCUGUGCUGUCUACCCCGAACAUCGUCAGAUCCGACUCCCGGGAAGAGCAGGAUGCCAGAGAUGUGGAAAUGGCUAAGAAAGUCAGGCGAUCCUACAGCCGCCUCCAGACCCUCGGCUCCACCUCCACCCCCGGCCGCCAGUCCUGCUUUGGCUUUGAGAGCCUGGAAGACUUGUCCGGAGUCUCACCUGUGGUGUGUUCAAAAGCAACUGAGAACUCUAAGGCCCCUGCCAAGCCACUGGUCCCAGACCCGACCCUCCCUGGAAUUUCCCCCCCUGUGGUGAAGGAGAAGCGGAAGAAGAGAAAGGUGCCUGAGAUUCUGAAAUCGGAGCUGGAUGAGUGGGCCGCGGCCAUGAAUGCCGAGUUUGAAGCUGCUGAGCAGUUUGAUCUCCUGGUUGAAUGAGAUGACGUGGGGGUGAACUGGUUAACCGCUCCCUCCUCCUCUGUAUAUACUUCCCUCUCAUGGGAAAGACACCUGGGUCCCCUGUGAUGGCGUUGCUAUCUGUGUAGGUGUCUGUGAGACCUGUCUGUCUGUCUACUUCUGAGUGAAACUCUCUUGACCACUCGCCGGUGUCCCGACCUGUCAUCCUGUUCUUCCGACUGCCCCAGUGGGGACAUGAGAGGCCACUUCUGCACUUGGGUGGAGCUGGUGGCUCUAAACCAGCCUGCACAGAAACAGGCCCUACAGAGGCUGGCCAGCCUCCAGCCGUCUCCAGAGUUGCUCUCUGUGGGCGUCAGUGGGUCUUAGCCACCAGCUGUUCUAUGUAAAGAGGUUUGGGAUUCAAUUCUGUGGAUAAUCCAAGAGAAUUCACAUUCCGGGAGUCAGUUCUGCUUGCGAGGAAGAAGCUAGACGUUGAUGUUGAGCCCAUAGAGCCCAAGUUUCCAAGGACCCUUGGCUGGGUUUCGGGCUAAAUCCUCCCUAG